AAUCUACCAAUCCGAAAGCAUAUGUCAUACCCUGCUGUUCUUAGUGUUACCAACCCUCAAAUGGUUUUGAGUGUGGAAUUUGCAAAUAAUAUUACAAAUUCAAUAGGUGGUAAUUUUGAUCCAGAUUAUGGGUAUGUUGGACCCUGUAAUUCCACUAUUGAGAUAUUGAUCGGUUUGGCUGAAAACACUAUAUCAUUGGGAGUAAAUACAUUUGAUUCUAUGUAUACUAUACCUAUUCCGAAUAGCACCACAACGUGUUAUGCAGGAUUCACUGACACAAAC